GUAACGGUCUCGUAAAUUAAACCAGAAAAAAAAAAGGAUAAAGAAAUUGGAAGACAGAAAUGUUUCCGCGGUCUGUCUACAUUUGAAUUCUAGUGCUUUCACGAGUCAUCAUCACUCAUCAGUCAUCUCUCUGGGACUCUUUGCCUCUGCGUGUAUUUGUGUGUGCUUACCUGCCACAGGAGUUGAAGCCCUAGUGGAGAAAUCAUAAUCCCUAGGGAAGCCUACUCUAGAGAUCAUGAAGGGCACCAAGCCACUGAAGCAGCUCAAGCUCUCGGUUCCUGCUGAAAAAACUCCUAUCACCGACUUCCUGACUGCAAGCGGCACGUUUCAGGACGGCGAUCUGCUUUUGAAUCAGAAAGGUCUGCGGCUGAUCUCCGAAGAAAAGGAAACUCGUUCCUCUGAUGCCAAAGAACUUGAUUUCCAAAUCUCAUUGGAAGACCUUGAGACUAUCAAAGUCAUAGGAAAAGGAAGUGGUGGUGUUGUUCAACUUGUUCGCCAUAAAUGGGUUGGAAGAUUAUUUGCCUUAAAGGUCAUCCAGAUGAAUAUUCAAGAGGAUGCCCGCAAACAAAUUGUACAGGAGCUGAAAAUAAACCAGGCAUUGCAGUGCCCACAUAUAGUAGUUUGCCACCAUUCUUUCUACCACAACGGGGUUAUUUCACUUGUCUUAGAAUACAUGGACCGUGGAUCACUAGCAGAUGUUAUUAAGCAAGUGAAAACGAUUCUUGAGCCAUAUCUUGCAGUCGUUUGUAAGCAGGUUCUUCAAGGCCUUGUAUAUUUGCACAAUGAGAGGCAUGUAAUUCAUAGGGACAUAAAGCCAUCCAACUUGUUGGUAAACCACAAAGGGGAAGUGAAGAUAACAGAUUUUGGGGUGAGUGUCAUGCUUGCAAGCUCCAUUGGUCAGCGGGAUACAUUUGUUGGAACCUACAACUAUAUGUCGCCUGAACGUAUAACUGGAAGUACUUAUGACUAUAGUAGCGAUAUUUGGAGUUUGGGCAUGGUUGUACUUGAGUGUGCGAUAGGACGCUUUCCUUACAAACAAUCUGAAGAACAGCAGGGUUGGCCAAACUUUUACGAGCUUCUGGAGACUAUCGUUGUAAAAUCACCACCUUCAGCUCCACCAGAUCAAUUUUCCCCAGAGUUCUGUUCAUUUAUAUCAGCCUGCAUACAAAAGGACCCUAGAGACAGAAUGUCAUCGUUGGAUCUUCUGAAUCAUCCGUUCAUCAAAAAGUUUGAGAAUAAAGAUAUACAUCUCGCCAUUCUAGUGGAUAGCUUGGAAGUGCCAGUAAAUUUCCCUAGGUAGUUCAUGGUCUCGUAAUGAACAAUUUUGAUAGACAUUGUAGAAAAGCUCAUUUUGUUGUAGCAAAAUUUUCAUUUUAAUACAUAGAUAAAUGUGAGAUGUUAAGAGUGCUGACUUGAGCAUACAUGUAGUAGAUAUUUCAAUGCAUUGGAUCAGAAAACAUGCAACCGAAAAACAGUUCAUGUCUGAAGUAGCUUUGAAGCAGCAUUAACCCAAUACAAGCAAUUACGCUGUUA